GCGCAGGUCUGCGAGCAAAGCGAGGUCUGGUGGCAUUUGUUUGUCUUUGUCUCGGCGGAGGUUUGGGGGUUUUAUAGCCUUCAUUGUCUGGCUUAACCUUCCUUCUUUUCGACGAAUGCGCGGGAGUCAUAAGGAACGUGUGAGACCGUGUUCGUUGCGAAGUGGAAGGUUAGCGAGUGAAGAGGGGAAAGAGAGGUCGGUGUUCCUAGAAAAAACGACGGACUGUGUGUCUUUCGAUCCUGAAGCUUUCGGUAGUUCGAAAACCUAUGAGAGGCGUCAGAAGAGUCAAAUCUGUGUCGAUGGACGAGCUCAGGAGGCACGAUUCGCGCCGUUGACACUCGGGCGGAACAGCAGACACAAAAAACGCGAUGGCUUGUUGCUUUUUCUGCAGAACCGCAGAUCCCCUUCGUCUCACAGCGUCGGUGCUCCUGCAGCGCACCGGCUCUCGUCCUCUCUUGCCCCUGUACAGGAAGAGAAGAGUUCGCACAUGUUCGUCCAAGUUGCAGCCGGAGUAGCUCCUUCAGGUUCUCUUUUCCUCUUUCUUCACAAGUUCCUCCACUUGUCUUUGUCCCUUGCCACAUGCUCCCCUCCUGGUUGUUCAAGUCGAGGGGAACGCACAUCGUCUCAACGCAUCAAAGCUACACAUACGCAUGUAUGCGUGCUUCUCUCUAGCAUUCCACAAAAACGUAUGUGUAGUGUUGUUCAGUUGGUGAAUGUUUGUGCCGGAGAGCGAGGAAGACUGAGUCGUGUUGGCCCUUCUCUCCUCGUUGGGUUUCUCCCACAGGACGCUUGUUGAACCCCAGGGUGUUUUUUUUUUCGACGGUUGUCUCUCUUUACUGAUUUCCUUCUUUUCUCCUUUUCCCUCUCUUCCUCUUCUGCUCUUUUGCUUGACCAACUGCUUUUCAAAAUGAGUUCGUUCAGACUAGUCUCUCUAUAUAAGGACGCGCCGGCAUCCAGUGCCGUCUGGGUGAGGUUUUCUGCCGCUUCUUCCCGCUGUGUUUCUUGUCUCUCUGAGUUCUCUGUGUCGAAGGGCGCAAGAACCUGCUGGCGGAACACGCUGUCUGGGGGGGUAUCGUCCUUUGAAAAAACGCCUGUUGCCCCUGCCUCAGGUGCUCGUACUUCCCCUUCUCCCCGCUCUGUUGCGUCCACUUCCUCUUCUUCCUCGGCGUCCCCGUGUGUCUCUUCUUCUGGCUCUCCGUCUCAAUCCCCUCAGCCUCCUCUCUCGGAGGGCUGUGCGCGGCUCCUCUGCCUCCACCUCUCGGGCAGACGCGCCGAGCGUCUUUCUGCUCCAGUUCGCGAGAGAGCCGACCACACGAGAGCAGACAGAAGAGGGGGAAACGGAGAGGACGCGUGCUCGUCGACCGAGGGCAGAGCCGCCACUCUAAACAGAAGCGAAAGUUCAAGUCCUUCGCUUCCCCGCCGUUUCUCUUCUGUAGGCGUCGGUCCGUCGGCCCUCGCGCCAGGUCGCUUGCCCGUCCUGGGAGCCCCUACCUUCCUCCGACUGUGGCUGCCGCUGAGGUGUGCGUACACCCGAGCGUUCAGCAGCGACAGCGAGUCAGGAAGCAAGUACGGGCCGGAGGCGCCGCAGCCGCCUGCGGGGCUCCACUGGUCUUGGUGGGAGCUGUAUGUGAAGGGAGUGAAUCCGGAGUAUCCUCCCCGCCAGCGCAUGUUUGCCUUCCUCACUGCUCAAGGCGUAGACGUGUUGGAGAUGGAAAUCCGCGAAAUCGAGGAUGUCACGCGCUGGCUCGAAAUGAGCAACGUGUACGGGGAGAAAUUCCCGCGCUUCCCCUACGACGUCACCUUCCAAGACAAAAUCGAGGCUCUCAAAGAAAAAUACCCCUUGGCGAAAAAGAACUAGGGCCGAUACACCUAGGAUGUGUUUCUGUGCGAGAAAAGCGAAAGGGAAAGGGGAGGGAGGGGGGUGUCGAUCCGCUCCUCUGACUCAGGACGUGACUGAGACGUGUAUGGACACCUGAGGCGGAGGAGGCGACACGAAGGCGGAGGUGGAGCUGACGAAAAGGCGUGUCAGUGUCGAGUUUCGAUUGCAUUUGUUUGAAGGGAAAUGCGGAAUCGGGUACGGGUUCUUUUCAAGAACGGGCGCGCGCCCCUGUUUGCAAGUUCCGGUAGCGUCUGUGUCAGUAACUCACAGGACCUGUGUUCUGAGUACGGUGGGUGUUUGGCUUGGCCAGUAUGUACCCGCCCUGCCGGUGACUGGAACUUUUUUGUGGUGCUCUUUGCAAAGAAAACGAAUCCCAUUUUUAAAUACAUAUGAUAUAAAGGAACGCAAAUGAAAAUGGGUGCAGAUAUCUACGCAUGCGGAUUAGUACAUUUAAACUCACCACACGAUUUAUAUAUAUAUAUAUAUAUAUAGAUUUAUAUAUAUUGGCAUAAAUGUUUACAUCAGUAUGUAAAUAUAUAUCUUUCUCUCGGUGCACCUCGAUAUGUGUACCUGAUAUUUCUUCCCAGAUGUUUUUCGAUGUGGGGGACGACAGGAAGUGAGUUGUGGAGUUAAAAUGUGGGCUUCUUUCACUGGAGU